UGCCGGUUACAUAACAACGCCCGCACCGGCUGUGGCUGCUUUCCCUGCGACGCCGCGUCGCCCCCAGGAUGCUCUAGAAGCUCCCCCUUCCCGGCCGCCGGCUCCCCAACAAGGCUUGAAUGACAGAGGAAGUACCCUCCAGUGCACUUAGUGAGGUCAACCUACGUCUUCUUUGCCACGAUGACAUAGACACAGUGAAGCAACUCUGUGGUGACUGGUUCCCAAUUGAGUACCCUGACUCAUGGUAUCGUGACAUCACUUCAAAUAUGAAAUUUUUUUCCCUUGCUGCAACUUACAGAGGAGCCAUUGUGGGCAUGAUAGUUGCUGAAAUAAAAAGUAGGACAAAGGUACACAAAGAGGACGGAGAUAUUCUAGCGUCAAACUUCUCUGUUGAUACACAGGUCGCAUACAUCUUAAGUCUAGGAGUGGUAAAAGAAUUCAGAAAGCAUGGAAUAGGUUCCCUUUUACUUGAAAGCCUAAAGGAUCACAUAUCUACUACGGCUCAAGACCACUGCAAAGCAAUCUACCUGCACAUCCUCACCACUAACAACACAGCAAUAAAUUUCUAUGAAAAUAGAGACUUUAAGCAACACCACUAUCUGCCCUAUUAUUACUCCAUAAGAGGGGUCUUCAAAGAUGGCUUCACCUAUGUGCUCUACAUCAAUGGGGGACAUCCUCCUUGGACAAUUUUUGACUACAUUCAGCACAUCGGGUCUGCAUUAGCCAACCUGAGCCCGUGUUCAAUUCCACAGCAGAUUUAUCGCCAGGCCCAGAGUCUUCUGUGCAGCCUUCUGCCGUGGUCAAGCAUUUCUGCCAAGAGUGGCAUCGAGUAUAGCAGAGCCAUGUGAUUUGGUCAGAAGGCCCUUCCCAGAAGCCACCAAGAGGUGCCUGAGUAUCUAAUUACCUUCACCUGAGAGCCUCGCCUCUGCACCUCUAUAAACCA